AUGAUGGGCGAGCUUGGACAAGAGCAACAAGAUAAAUACGUGGAUGGUCCACAGUCACACACGGGGAUGCGUGCAAACCAACGCAGAAACAGGAAUGCUCCAGUUCUAGACAAUACUGGCCAGCAUCGCACUGCUUGUUUUACGUGCCGCGCAGCUAGACAAAAGUGCGACAGGCAAACUCCUUGCUCACGAUGCGCCGUUCAGGGGCACACUUGUCGCUACCCGCUUAGAUCCAACCGAGGUCGGAAGGAAGGAAGCACCAACAAGCCAGACACCGUUCAAAAGCUGUUAGACCGCAUCAACGAGAGUCCUGUCCGGGACCAAGUUAUUGCAGCCAUCAUCAACUCAUCUAAAGUUCAGUCCCAUCCUAACGUCUCAGCUCUAGACUCAUUUUCAAGUUUAAGAGACAGUGUACCAGCUCAAUCAGAUGCGCCAGGAGCAGGGGAAACUCCAUGUCCUGCCGUUGUUGAGCAAAGUGAAGAGUCAGACCGCGAUGGCCCACCGGACUCUACUCUAUCCCCGUGUCCGUGUUCAAAUUUGAGAAAGGAGAGCUCCGUCGUGUCUCCCCUUCACAUCAUGGCAGCUGCUUUUACGACAAAAGACACGAAUUCCGCAAAUCAGAUUAUCGACACAGUGGUGCCGCACCUGCCAUUCGAUGCAGUCGGACGACGCGGCAACGAGAGCUCUAUCAACAAACGGCUGAUGGAGUAUUUCACACCUCGCCUGACGCACGACACGGAUUGGCAAGUCCUAGCGUCUCAGCCUAUCAACAGCACACUGAAGUUGGAGAUCACCGCUUGUGACCCUGAAACUGCUCGCCUGGCGGACCAAGACGAUGUGUCAUUGUACUUUCAGCUGUUCUUCCAGACGCGCAACCCGCAUCUGGGGCUAUUAGACCCAGAUCUUCAUACCCCUAAAUACGUCCGCUAUGCAUCCUUCACCCUCUUUUCUGUCAUUUGCGCUCUCGGGUGCGCCAUUUCGACACGUCCGCGGGAUCGAAUCCUGUACCCGACCCUGCUCUCCUUGGCCGAAGCCAAUCUCGCGUGGUCUAUCGCGGUGCCAGUGAGAUCGCUGGAGACGAUCCAAGCCAUUAUCGCAAUGAAGUACUGGGCACCGAUGUAUCAGAGACAGGGGGACGAUCCUCACUGGCUUCACAUCAGUCAUGCUGUGCAACUUGCAAAAGAACUCAGAAUUAACAAACCUGCCACCAUCACUGAGCUUGUCAAAGCUUUAUCCACCGACAAAACUAUUGAAAUGAGAGAGCGAUUCUCACGCAAUCUUGAAAGGACCCGGCUAUAUGUGUUCAUAGCCGACAAGAGCUUCGGCAUCGUCAUGGGCCGCUCCCCAAGCGUAGCGUGGAAAGAGCUCCCGCCUUGCCCUUGUCAAUGGUGGAGGAAGUCGAUGACAACACCUCUUGAUCGCAUGAUUAGUGGCAUCAUUGAGAUCAGAGUGCAGUUGCUCGAGUCCUUGAAACAGUUAGAGCGGACGAAAAAGACCGCUGCAUCCGUUUCAAACUGGCACAUAAAUAACUACAAAGUUCUUGAUCGAACUUGCAAGAUCAGCAAGGCAUUUGAAACCGCACGCCAACUUCUAGAUCUCGUUCUGCAUGAUCGAACGGUUAUUGAUGUUGGGUUGGGAUGGCACAACAACCAGUUUGUGAUGGUUGCCCACGCCAUGACGGAAAUUGUUCAAGCUAUGAACCGAGGAAAUCUAUCUCCUACAGAUCACGGAGUGGCAGCAUCCCAGAUCCGAGCCACCUCAACGUGGCUGGAGGCGAAGGCGCAGGCGCUCCCAGCUACAUCUAUAGCCAGUCUCUACUCCGAUCUCUCCAGAGUCUUAGUUUACGGACUAGAUGAAGAGACCAGCACCGACACACAGAGAAGGCAGGGCCGCACUUCGAACGAGAUCCCUGACUGUUUCAUGACUGACUGGUCACGGGCUGUCGACGCGGCCUCUCUGAACCCAAUGGAUUGGCUCGAUAUGAGUUUUCUAGGCAACGAAGACUCGUUGGCUGGUCUCGAGAAUAUUAACUUCAACGACCUAGGCGAUGAUGGCGCUCUCCGAUUCCCAUAA